AGUGAAGUAUUUGUAUUCCAAUGUAGAAAAGGCAAGGAACGCUUCCGCUAACUACGACCACAGAAUCACUCCAAUGAACCCGCGGCGACGCCAACUCACUUGGACUCACCACUCCGACUUAAAAAGCUGCGACCUGGCCUACUACCCAAACGACGUCCUGGUACCCGAUUUCGAGAUCCAAACAUGGAGCUGCUUGUGCUAGCUAGCCAACCAUGUAACAAUAGUACAAUUACGUAGCCGCCUGCCAGGAUUCGCCUGUUUUGUUGCUGUCUCAGAACUUGUGACUUCACAGUACAGCGGACAACCUGGAGUGUGUCUCGGGUGAUGCCAGCAGUUGUUAUUUGGGGUCAAGACUGGACCUGACACAGUUUUGACAGUCAACCUGUUUACUUAGACUCAAAAGAAUGGGCUGUAGUGACACUGUUUAAUGACAGAACUGGGCUCUUGUCACUCAUUCAAGGACGAAGUUGAGAGACAAAAUGCUGUUCGGGAGUCAUUGGAAAUCUCGAUAUAAAAACACUUUUGAAGGUGCUGCUGCUGGAGUCCUGUUGUGUUUUUUUGUGGCCCUGUUGGCUUGCGUCAGCGGUGCUCUGGGGGAGACCAAAAACGUGAUUCAGAAAGAUGGCGAAUUCGAUGUUAGCUAUAACGAUACAGUUACGAGUGAAAAUCAAACUAUCUAUGCUUUCAAUCACACCGUCUCCCGAACCAAGACGGAAGGAGUGCGUGUGUCCGUGGACGUGCUGUCGCAGAACCUCCAGAGUCCUAUCCUGUUUGUGAUACGACAGAAGCAAGCCGUGCUCUCUUUCCAGGUCCCUCUCAUCCUCAGAGGCCUGUACCAGAGGAAGUACCCAUACAAUCAUUUAGGCCGCACAUUAUGUCAGCCUCCAACCCGGGCUGCUUCAGAGACCCAGUACUUCUUUGUGGAUGUGUCUACACUUUCCAGCCAGGGUACAAACUACCAGCUUAGGGUCAGCCGUGUUGAGAGCUUCACGUUGCAGACAGACACGACAUUCAGCUUUACUGCAUCGCCGUCCCAACCUCAGUACUUCAAGUAUGUAUUUCCUGAAGGGGUGGACACUGUGAUUGUAAAGGUCAGCUCAGACAUGACCUUUCCCUGCUCUGUUAUGUCCAUCCAGGACAUCCAGUGCCCCGUCUAUGACCUCGACAAUAAUGUGGCCUUCAUUGGGAUGUAUCAGACUAUGACGAAAAAAGGUGCUAUCACAGUACAGAGAAAAGAUUUCCCCAGCAACAGUUUUUAUGUGGUGGUAGUGGUAAAAACAGAGGAUGAGGCGUGUGGCGGUCCACUGCGCUUCUACCCACUGCGGCCAGAUGAGCUGAUUGACGCUGGUAACCGCAGCAAAACCCUUAAUGUUGUGGUCUCUCCUGCUAUAAAGUCGGAGGUGUAUGUGAUGGGCAUGCUGUUCUGUCUCGGUAUAUUCCUCUCUUUUUACCUGCUCACUCUGCUGGUGGCCUGUCUGGAGAAGAAAAGAGCCAAGAGGAGAGAACUGUUUCAGAAUAUUGAUGACACAUCACCCGCUGAGACAGCUUCUCUGCUUGGGAAAAACGGAGAUGGCCAAAUUGCAGCUACACCAAAUGAAUAUGGCUCCCUUGAGAGCACAAUCAGUUCAGAAGCAAUCACUGACAGCGCCCCCUCAGUAGACAGUGCCACUUCAGCUGACAACUACAUGGGAAGGGAGCCUUUUAAACGGCGACCUAUCCUCAAUCAACUGCACCAUACAGCCAUCUGCAUUGAGCGAUCUGUUUGGAAAAAUGUUGGAAGAAGCAGACAGGAGUCAUUGAGCUCCAUAGAGGAAGAUGACUAUGACACACUGGAUGACAUCAACUCAGACAAAAACAUUGUUCGCACCAAGAAGUAUCUUUGUGUGUCCGACCUGUCGCGCAAAGACAAGCGGGUCCUCAGCAAGAAAUAUCAAAUCUACUUCUGGAACAUCGCCACCAUCGCUGUGUUCUAUGCCCUGCCGGUCAUCCAGCUGGUCAUUACAUAUCAAACGGUUGUCAAUGUUACGGGGAACCAGGAUAUCUGCUACUACAACUUUAUGUGUGCUCACCCUCUGGGUGCUCUCAGUGCAUUCAACAACAUCCUCAGCAACCUCGGCUACGUAAUGCUGGGCCUUCUCUUUCUCCUCAUCGUCCUCAAGAGAGACAUCGUCCACAAUCGAGCACUGGCCUGUCAUGAAGUUAAUGCACUGGAAUGUGGCAUCCCAAAGCACUUUGGUCUCUUCUACGCCAUGGGCACAGCUCUCAUGAUGGAGGGCCUACUCAGCGCCUGUUACCAUGUUUGCCCCAACUACACCAACUUCCAGUUUGACACGUCCUUCAUGUAUAUGAUCGCUGGCCUGUGUAUGUUGAAGCUGUACCAGAAGAGACACCCUGACAUCAACGCCAGCGCUUACACCGCCUACGCCUGCUUGGCCGCAGUCAUCUUCUUCUCCGUGCUCGGAGUGGUGUUCGGGAGAGGAAACACUGUGUUUUGGAUCGUUUUCUCAGUCAUCCACAUAUUGGCCACACUUCUCCUCAGCACACAGCUCUACUAUAUGGGCAGAUGGAGGCUCGACUCUGGCGUCCUGCGCAGGAUGGUUUACGUGGUCUACACAGAUUGCAUUAGACAAUGCACUGGGCCCAUGUACAUUGAUCGUAUGGUUCUGCUGGUGAUGGGGAACAUCGUCAACUGGUCGCUCGCCGCCUACGGCCUCAUCGAGAGGCCCAGUGACUUUGCCUCCUACCUACUGGCUAUCGCCAUCUGUAACCUUCUGCUCUACUUCGCCUUCUACAUAAUUAUGAAGCUCCGCAGUGGUGAGGCAAUCCAGUGUCUGGCCAUGGUGUGUAUUCUUUUCACGGCUGUGGUGUGGGGCUUUGCGCUCUAUUUCUUCUUCCAGGGUCUCAGCACCUGGCAGAAAACACCAGCAGAAUCACGUGAGCACAACCGAGACUGCAUCCUGCUUUCGUUCUUCGAUGAUCACGACAUUUGGCACUUCCUCUCUUCCAUCGCCAUGUUCGGAUCCUUCUUGGUUCUGCUCACCAUGGAUGACGACCUUGACACCGUCCAGAGAGACAAGAUUUACGUGUUCUAGAUUGAACAGAUCUGAAACGCGCUCUCGUCAUUUGCCUUAUUGUCCUUUUUGGUCUGAGCAUCUCCUAAAGCAGAGCCAGUAGCCUUGCAAGGCGUCAAUGUGCACGGCCCAAUCAGCUGCUCAGGGCGGGGUAAUGUCGGUCACCCCUCCCUCCAAUCAGCAGUUGACUGAUGCUGACCAUUUUUGCUAUCAGUAUUACUGUUAUACUUGUUUACUGUCUACAUUGAAGAUAACAUAGGCUACUUAGCUAAAAUGCCAAUCCGCAUCCAUAUGAUUAUUGUUGAUAAUGUAUUGAAACAGUUUGACUGAAAAUGAAUGUUUAUACGCUGUAUGGGUAUUGGUCAAAUCUGUUUUGACAAACCGCAAUGGCAGAGAUUGUGUGAGUCACAACGACGCAAGCCAACCCAACUAUUUUGCCAUGAUUAUCAGAUCUGACACACAGGGUUUUUUUUUUUGAGUAAUGUCAGAUGCGCCAAUCAGCAGUUACUGAAUCAAGGUUCCCUCGUCAGAUUCACAGCUACCCCUCUGGUUGUUUGUUAGUUUCUAUAUACAGUGGAUAUAAAAAGACAACACAACCCUGUUCAAAUGCCAGGUUUUUGUAACUUUGUAAAAUUGGUCCAAGAUAAAACAUUUCAAAAUCUUCCCACCAUUCCCAUUUCCCAUUAAUGUGACCUGACCUGUACAACUCAACUGAGAGAAAAGUUUUAGGGAAGUAAAAAAAUAAGGAACAGAAAUAAUGUGGUUGUGGAGUCCUUCACAAGUUGAGAUGUGGCUGCACAUUCAAACUCGCGUCAAAUGACAUUCAGCACGUAAAGACUAGAAAACUAGUGAGUGAGGCUGACAGUAACAUUGAAUGAGCUGCAGUAAUUUCUGGUGACUGUUUGUACAUGAAACAAUCUCCUGUCUACGUCAUAUGCCUGGGCUAUGGGCUAGGGUGCCACGACAGAAGCCUUAUCUUACAAAGAAAAACAUCCAACCCGGGCUACAUUUUGCAAAAACACACUUGAAAUCUCCCAAACAUGAAAAAAUAUGUUGUAGCCUGAUGAAACCAAGGUUGUAUUUUUUUGGCCAUGAUUUUAAAUAGUUUGGCGCAAACAACACUGCUCAUCACCAUCCAGUAUCUACAGUGUAGCAUAGUGGUGGCAGCAACCUGCUUUUGGGUCUGUUUUUCUUCAGCUGGAACUGGGGCCUUAGGGAGGAAAUUAUGACAACUACCAAUUCCAAACACCAGUCAGUGUUGGCACAACCUACGGGCUUCUGCUACAAAGCUAAAGUGGAAGAAGGUCUUAACCAAGCACACAUCCAAAUCAACAAAAGAUUGGCUUCACUAGAAGAUGCUAAAGGUUUUGGAAUGGCCUAGCAAGAGUCCAGACCUGAAUCCGAUCCCACAUAUGUGGCCUGAUCCUGAAGAGGGUUGUGCUCAAGAGAUGCCCUCAUAGCUGACACAUUUGGAGCAUUUUUGCCAAGAGUGGGAAAAUAUUGCCAUUUGCUACAUCAAGAUGUGACACACUGGUGACUCCUACCCCAAAAGGCAAGGCAAAUUUAUUUAUAUAGUGCAUUUCAUUCACAAGGUGCUUUGCAUGAUUAAAAGCAUUUCAAAACAGAGAAAACACAUUCAAAGUACAGAAAAAUAAACCGCUUACAAGCAUAUAAAAACAGACUAAUAUUUCUAAAAACUUACAGUGCAAGAAAGAUCAUUAAAAAUGGAAAUGCUCUAUAAAUGCUCCAUCUUAAGCAUGAGAAAAAAAUAGUUUUUAGCCUGGACUUGAAAAUGUUGACACUUGGGGCUGACUUCAAGAAGACAAACUAAUAAAUAUUACCAGUAAUUUGAAGUUAAUGCAACAAGGUCAUUGUACUUUUUUUUUUUUUUUUCCAACCUUUAAAGGGUUUCAUUUUUUUUUCAUUCAGGUUGGCAGGUUAUAGGUCCUAUUAAUGGUGGAGAAAAUUCUCUUUUUUUACAUCACAAAAACCUGUCAUUUUGAAAAGGAGUGUGUAGACUUUAUAUCCUCUAAUAAAUAAAAAAAACAAAUGUGGUCAUUACUGCAUCCCAUUUGACUUCCUUCAACUGUUCGUAAUUCUGUUUUUGUGCUAUAAAAGUUGCCAAAACAA